AUCUACAACAACCGCACGCGUGAUACUGCCAUCGCCAUGUUUUCGGGGACCGUCUUUCUCGGACCUCUUCUGGCGCCCUUUAUCGGAGGAUUCAUCAAUACCUCGUAUUUGGGCUGGUGUUGGACUGCUUACUUGCCUGCCAUCAUGGGCUACUUUGCUUUCGCAAUGAAUGUUCUGUUCCUAAAGGAGUCGUAUCCACCGGUGGUGUUAGUCGACAAGGCGUCAGAGCUGCGCGGUCGCACGAAGAACUGGGGUAUAUACGCAAAGCAAGAGGAGAUCGAAGUCGAAUUGCGGGAAUUGUUGGUCAACAACUUCUCGCGCCCCCUGCGGCUACUGCUUACCGAGCCCUUGAUCCUCGCAGUGACAGUGUACUUGAGUUUCAUCUACGGACUACUCUAUUGCUUUUUGACAGCAUAUACCCUCGUCUUCCAAGGCGUCUACGGCAUGUCUCCUAGCGUCGGUGGGCUGGCUGCCUUUAUUUGA